UGAGGAUUUGCUCAAUACAAUGCUUUCUCCUGUCAAGCUCAUCGAUUCUGAGCAGCAGAGGCCUGAUGAUAUUGUCUCUAUAAUUAAUUCUGUAUUUAACAAUCGAAAAACUUUUUCAUGCCCAAAAAUUAAAGCAGAUUUAGUAACGGGUACAUCAACUUCAAAUCUUUCCCCAGAAGAUAUUGGUAUAAUUUCAGCUAUGGGGGACUCCUUGGCGACUGGGAUUGGCCUCUGGCCGAGGGCGGAUAUUGAAUUCCGUGGUGCCGCUUUCCCCAUUGGAGGAGACGCUACUAUUGAUGGAUUAGUCACCGUUCCAAAUAUUCUCCGUGAGUUUGUCCCUUCCAAUCACCUGCUUGGUGUUUCACACGGAAUGGGCCUUCGUGAUCAAUUACCUGAAAAUCAAUUAAAUGUUGCUAUGGCUGAAGCUGGAAGUAAAUUUAUGCCUUCACAAGCUACAGAACUAGUGAGGAGGAUAAAGCAAUUAAAGGAUGUCGAUACUCGAAAUACCUGGACUUUGGUGAUAAUUACAAUUGGAACGGAAGAGAUUUGUAAUAAUUGUACCGGACCUGAUACUGGAGCGCUUAUCAAAGCAAUGGACAUUCUCAACCGUGGAAUCCCCAAGGCUUUUAUUGUUCUCGUCGGACCGAUACAUAUUAGCUCUUCAUUUCAACAACAGGAGAACCUAAUGAAAACUCGAUGUCCUUGUUCUCGACAACAACCUGAUGGAUUUAUGCAAUCUUUAAGUACUAAAUGGGCUAACUCUUUUGCUACAGUUCAAUCUCAUGUUCAAAACGUUAAAAGGAAAACAUUUAGCGCAUUGACACUUCCAUUUCUGACUCUACACUCUCGAUAUCCAUAUUCACUAUUUAUACCGAAUAAGCCACUCUUAAAUCGGCGGGGACACAAUUAUGCUGCAAAAUGGCUUUGGAAUCGUCUCAUUAGUGGACCAAAUUAUAACUUCUCUAAGGCUGUGCUUUCACAGGAUGCUUAUUUCUGUCCAUCAUUGGUUAGAUUUUAA